CACAAAUACAAUGUAGCCUCUUCAGGUGACUACCUAAAUUAGCCAUGCUGCCUGUGUACUUUAUAGCAGCACGACAUAUCUUGCCAAUUGCAUGGGUUAAUAUCACUCGCACGAACACGCCUCUAACUUGCGCGAAACUUGGCCGAGAGACGAGAAUCGGCCACUGACAGCAGUAGAGAUGAGAGCGCGUUUAAGAAACAGAGUGGAGGAAUCUAACUAUAAAAUUAUUGGGGAAAAAAAAGUAUUGUGACUUCGUCAACCACCAACAUUUGUCUCGUCUCGUCAAUGAAAGUUAUAAUAUAUUUUGUCAUAGUUUUUAUUUUCGAAGAUCCGUUUUCGUCACGUCUUAGUCUCGUUUUAGUCUUGAGGAAAAGGUAGUUAACGAAUAUUUUUCGUCAUAGUUUUUGUUGCCGAAAUUAACACUGCAACGAAGUCUUCGGAUCAAUGAUUCAUUCAUCUGACCGUGUGUUCGGGUACGAGUCUUUGGAUCAUUUUUCACGUGACCUGCAUAGGCUCAGAAGAGGAAACAGAAAAAAUGUGUUUACCUCAUUCACUUUUGUGUGAUAAUUACAGGUUUUGUUAUUUUGGAACCUUUUUUUUUCUCGGCCACAAGAAAAUUUACGAAUCACUCUCUGACACUACUUGUUACUCCCGAGUCAUACAAAUGAUUUGUUCAAAAUGAACGUUCACGAACGACAUCACUGCAGCCAGUGUGUUCCUGGUGUUAGUCGGCCACCAGAGGUAGCUGUAGACUUAGAUUCUAAUGCUGUCUGGUAGCUCAAUAUAAGUAUUUCAAAAGAUUCAGAUAUUUAGUUCUAAGGGCUGUCUGAAGGAGCAGGUGAACAUUUUUAAGCAUUUAUACUUCUAUUUCAAUUAGGGGUUUUAAAUGUGCUACCUUAUUUUUAGGUAGCGUAAACAGUUAACUGCUAAACAAACAUGGAAAAAGACAUCCGAGGGGCAUAUUGGCUAAGCUUCGGAUCUCCAUACUAUGUGGUUUGGUCUCGUUUUGACAACAACAUUUUUUCGGUUCACGCAUGUUAAGUUGAGUCUGAAGCUGAUAUAUAUAUAUUUAGCAGUCCUGUUUCUAUUUCGGGAGUUACCUGUUACUUCUUGCAGACAGCGGGACAUACAAGGGAUUUGGUCGGCUUUGACAUUCAUGUCCCAAAAAUUUUGGAUGAGAAAACUUAAGCGAAUGGUUUUCGCCAUGUGCCUGGGUUGUUUCAUAAUGGUCAUAGUCUUUUUUCAAAGCAACCUGAAACCAGCCUCUGUGCAGGUCAAUGGGAGGAGCAGCAGACAGGGCAAGUCUAGGAGAAGUCCACUGCAGACUCUCUACGACCGUGACCAGUUGGUCGUGCAAGUGACCCACGAGGGCCGUCGGGAGCUCAUGGAAGAGACAUGUCGCUUGUACACCCGCAAGCGCAAUUUGCUCAUCCCAGAGGACCUCAAGCACGUCAUCGUGGAUGACCAAAAUGGCCUGCUCUACUGCUACGUGCCCAAGGUGGCUUGCACAAACUGGAAGCGCAUCCUAAUGGUUCUGACGGGGGCUGUGGGCCCCCGUGACCCACUCGCCAUUCCUGCCAACGAAGCCCACGUGUCCGGCAACCUGCGCACGCUGUCGGAGUACUCCACCUCCCAGAUCAACCAACGCCUACGUUCUUACCUGAAGUUUGUCUUUGUGCGCGAACCUUUCGAGAGGCUUGUCUCAGCCUACCGCAACAAGUUUACGCGGAGCUACAACACAGCUUUCCACAAGCGCUAUGGUACGAAGAUUGUUCGUAGACACCGGAUGGACCCCCAGCCGGAAGCCCUGGAAAGGGGCAACAAUGUCUCUUUUGCGGAGUUUGUGUACUACCUGGUGGACCCAGCUACACAGCGUGAAGAGCCCUUUAACGAGCAUUGGGAGCUUGUGCACUCGCUCUGCCACCCCUGCCUAAUCCACUACAACGUGGUGGGGAAGUAUGAAACACUGGAGCAGGACUCCCGCUAUGUGCUUCAGUUGGCCGGAGUGGACAGCGAGGUCAACUUUCCGUCCUCAGCCAAAAGCACCAGGACUACGAAAGACAUAGUUGCCCAGUUCUUCCACAACAUCAGCCCUUUUUACCAGAAGAAGCUGUACAACCUUUACCGCUUGGAUUUCCUUCUCUUCAACUAUUCCAUGCCAGAGUACUUGAAGUUUUGAUGAAGUGAAUGUGCUUGCUUGGACCUUCUUUGUUGGUAAGGUUCACAAAAAUGCAUUCAGAAACUCAACUAUAUGUUGUAUGAAGAGGAUAUUUUAUGACAAUGGAAAUCAGUUUUCUGAAGUAUCUUAUUAGUAAGGUAUUUAUUGUUAUUAACUUUUACCAGCUGGUAUGGCAUGUGUCUGACAAUAUUAUGUAGGCCACAUCCAUUUGCUCUUCAACUCGCACCACAGGCUGCGGCCAUACUACUAAUAUGGCCGAUACCUUGUUCGUGAAAAUCUUGAUAUUGAUUUUGGGACAGUGACAUGGCUGGUUAGCUAGCAAAUCUU